CUGCCUGCCUUCCCCACCUGCCCGCGGCCACGUCAGGGGCUGAGCCGCCGCCGCCGCCGCUUCCCAGCACUCGCGCUCGCCUCUCGAGUCCCGCCCGGGCAGCACCAUGAUCCCCGCGCGAGGGGGGUCCUCCAUGCCGCCGCCCCCCAACGCCACCGCCUACUUCCCCCCGCCCCGCAUCACCCUCCCGUCCGGCCUGGAGAUCCUGCGCACUUACUCGGGGGCCUUCAUCUGCCUGGAGAUCCUAUUUGGAGCCCUUGUCUGGAUUUUAGUAGCUGCUACCAAAGUCCCUUUGCCACUCCUGCAAGGCUGGGUGAUGUUUGUGUCCGUGACCGCCUGCUUCAGCUCCCUGGGUUUUCUCUCCGUCUUUCUCUUCAGCUACAGAGAGAGAAUUGCAAUUGAUUGGAACCGUCUGGAUUUUCUGUACCACGCAGCUAUUUUUGUCUGCUAUUUUGGGACGUUUCUGUUGCAGGCCGCCACAACGUCUUUGCACAGCCAUCCACUUAAGUUCUAUGUCGACCCCAACCACAACAACACUGUCGUCCGUCAGAUACUUCUCAACGAGCACGAAUAUAACUUGAGCAUAGCAGCUGCUAUUUUUGCCUUUGUAACCACUGUAUGUUAUGGAUGCAGCACAACCCUGGCUCUGAGAAGGUGGAAACUAUAGCACUGGAAAAGAAGAACCGUCUCUAUAGCAUCCUGUCAGUUUCACAUAACUGUACAGAUGAUCAAAAUGGUUAGACCACUUGUCUGUCAAAUCAGAGUGGCAUCCC